AUGGGCAUAGGAAAAGUGUUUAAAGAUGAUAAUACAGCACCAAUCAAUUCGAUGGACUUUUGUGGAGAUGGAACAUUAUUGAUAACAGCAUCCGAUGAUGAAUCGAUUCAUUUGUAUAAUAUAAACUCGGGAGAUUCACAAAAACAAUUGUAUAGUAAAAAAUAUGGUGUAGAUUUGAUUAGAUUUACACAUCACAAUGAUGCUAUUAUAUGUGCAUCUAAAAAUCAAUGGGAUGAGUCACUAAGAUAUUUGUCAUUACAUGAUAAUAGAUACUUGAGAUAUUUUAAAGGACAUAGAAAUAAAGUUGUAUCAUUGUCAAUGUCACCUGUAAAUGAUACAUUCAUGUCUGGAUCAUUGGAUGAUACUAUAAGAUUGUGGGAUUUAAGAACGAAUGUAUGUCAAGGUAUAAUUAGACGAAAUGGACGACCAUCAUUGUCGUAUGACCCCGAAGGUAUUAUUUUGGCCACAGCCGUAUCAGGCAAUUCGAUUAAACUAUACGACGUUAGAAACUUUGACAAGGGUCCCUUUUCCAACUUUAUAGUACACCAUCCACAACCGGUUGAAUGGACCGGCAUGAAAUUCAGCAACGAUGAUGGGUCUGUCCACGUAUGGCGCACCCUCACAGGAGAGGAAAUAGCAGUAUGGGGAGGUCACCACUCCAAAGUAGGUUGUGUACAAUGGAAUCCAAAAUUAAUGAUGGCUGCAAGUGCAUGUUCAACUCUUUCAUUUUGGAUACCUUCAAUUAAUGAAUCAUAG